AAUAUUUUGCUUUCGAUCAACACCUGCCGAGUACUUUUGUACAGCAACACCGAUUCAUGUGGUAUUUCAUUCAUGAUUUGCGAACUUUCCGGAAACACCACAAUCUGUGUUGCGAGCCUUCAAUAAAUCAACCCAGAAAGUGACGAGACGUUGCGGGUCCCACUCUGUUUGCUUGUUUCUAAGCAAUGGCUACUCCGAAACCCUCGGAUCAGAGUGUGGAGGAUUGGAGACGGCAAGAAACAAAAUCUACAAGUCGUGUGGAUAACUCCGCGGGUGUUUACUUCCGAGGACAAAAGCGGAAAGCUUCCCCCGGGCAUACAUCCCCGCCAACUAGGCCUUCGCGACUUGAUUCAUUCAUGGAAGAUCAUAACGGGCGGAAGAUUCUGCCAAAAUACCUCGAUCCACCCCUCACUUGCUACUACUGGCAUACUCGUGGCCGGUGUAGCAAAAGCGAUAAGAAAUGCGCCUACGCACACUAUAACACAGGAUUCUAUGCCCCAGAUCCAACUGGGUGCUACAGUGAUAAAUAUGCUGCCAUUACCAAGUCACUCCAUAAAGCCGGCCCCAAGCCAAGUCAUCCAGACGUUCCGUACCCUGCACCAGAACUGGCCGAGGUCCCUGACUGCAAGUGUUCAUUCCGAGAGUAUGUCCACCGAGCUCAAGAGAUCGAGAAUUAUAACAGGGGGAGAGAUAUUGAGCUACGAGCCCGAGAGGCUCAAGUGAAAGAGAAGGAAGCGCAGCUCCAACAACGGGAGAAAUUGGUAAAUGAAAGGGAGCGUGACUUGUACAGUCUCUGCUCAAUGGUGAAAAAAGAACUGCUGGGGCACCGGGUCUCCGUUUCUCCAAUGCCCACGUCCACCUUCAACGGCGAUACGGAUGGCCAGGGAUCAUAAGGCUGGAUAUCGGCUCCGUCAAGGUUGAUCUUU